AUGGCUGGAAAACCUGCUGAGCGCACUGACUUAGGAGGUGAAGUUGAGGAAGGGAAGCUGGCUGUAGAUGAAACAGACGCCAAACCUGACCGCAAAGGAAGAUUUCUGCUGUUUGGAAGUAAGAAGAAUAAGGAUGGCCAGACGCGGGAGCAGGACUACUCUUCUGAAAGCCAUUACAGAAUUGUUUCACCAACAUUCCAGUAUAAGAUGAGCCACCAGCGAGUGGGAAAGUGCAUCAUCAUCAACAACAAAAACUUUGAUGAGAAGACAGGGAUGAAUGUACGCAAUGGAACGGACCGAGAUGCAGGUGAGCUGUUCAAAUGCUUCAAGAGCCUGGGCUUCGACGUCUGCAUCUACAACGAUCAGACGUGCGAGAAGAUGGAACGUCUUCUCAGAGAGGCCUCGGAGGAAGACCAUAGUGACAGCUCGUGUUUCGCCUGUAUCCUGCUAAGCCACGGCGAGGAGGGCAUGAUCUACGGCACGGACGGAGCCAUGCCCAUCAAGACCAUGACCUCGCUGUUCAGGGGGGACAUGUGCAAAAGCUUAGUCGGAAAGCCAAAACUCUUCUUCAUCCAGGCUUGUCGGGGUUCCGAAUUUGAUGAUGGUAUACAGACAGAUUCGGGUCCGCCAAACGACUCCUUGGAGACAGAUGCUAAUCCAAGACAUAAGAUCCCUGUAGAGGCAGAUUUCCUCUUUGCCUACUCGACUGUGCCAGGAUAUUACUCAUGGAGAAACCCUGGACGUGGAUCCUGGUUCGUCCAGGCGCUCUGCAACGUCCUCAACGAGUUUGGCAAGCAGCUGGAGAUCAUGCAGAUCCUCACACGGGUCAACUACAUGGUGGCCACCAGCUUUGAGUCCUGGUCCGAAGACCCGCGCUUCAGUGAGAAGAAGCAGAUUCCCUGCGUGGUCUCGAUGCUGACGAAAGAACUGUACUUCAACUGACCGCCCGCCUAACCGACUGCACAGCACGGUGCCUCAGACCGACUGAUCGACUGACUGGACUGACUGUUUCAGGUGCUGACUAAGCGGUCAAAGCAUUCAGGGAUGAUUCGGGCCCAGCAGGACGCUGCACAUUUGAAGCACAGAUGACACUUUGCAUGUGUAGUUGGGCCUGAAAACAAGUACUCCAUGAAGGAAAGAAAAAAAAGAAAAAAAAAACGAUUACAGUGGCACUCGGCGUUCAUGUGUUGAUGCUGAAACUUCUUCCUCUUCUUCAGGUUCUUCCUCUUCUUCAGAAUAAUGGCGUCACAUUUGAUCUGAUCUUUGUCGACAGGCGUUGUGAAAUAUCCAUGUUAUUCUACCAACCUGGAAAAUUCGCUGCCAGUUUUUGUGGGUUUGGGGAAUCAUAUCUGAAUUUGUGUCUCUCCAUUUUCCAGCAUUUGCAAUAGAUGUUGAAAAGGGACUGUGCCUAGUGGACACCGACGAGCAAGGAGCGGCCAAAGCUGAACGCUAUUACCGAAAAUUGGCUUCUCCUGUCCAACAAUGGGCGUAGUCACCAUUACACAGGAAAAUUAAUUGGGAACCAGGUGAGAGUUGAGCGUUUUAAAAGCUUUAAUGAAUUAAUCUUGUCACCUCAUGUGAGUUCACUCCACCUAAACUUUUCAGUCUAUAAUAUCUUCAUUAGGAAACUGAUCACAAACGCUGUAGGAUCGAUUACAUCCCCACUGAUGAAUUGUUAAAAGACGCAGCUGGAAAAUGGACGAGACAUUUUCAGCUAUCUGUGUUUUGAUGUUUUUCAACUGUCAGUCGUCACAAAAAAAAAGAGACAAAAGUCAAUGACGACACUCCUCUGAGCAGAAACAUGUCACGAUGCUCUUGCCAAAGGCUCAGUGUCUCAGCCUUCCUAGCAGGUUUAAGUUGGUAGCAGCAUGCUGGCAUCCUCAGGUUCUUUCAUGUCCCAUGAAGUGGGUAAACGUCAUGUUAAACAUUUUACGUAGUGGCUAGGAAGGCGUGAAUCUUUUGCUGUGUAGUGAUUAGUUCCAUGAGAUUUUUGGGGUCAAGUGCACGGUAGAUAGUCCACCUCCAUAAAAACAAGGAUCAUUUGCAAUUUAACCAGUAUCCUCAACGUGAUGGUGAACACUUCACUCGCUUGUUGUUCAAGCCCAAAUAAGUGAACCUAAUGUAAUUGCAUAUGUUAAAAAAUUAUGCACUUAUUUCUUAGUCAGGGUCCAACAAGUCAGUUUUAUGAUUUUCCCUUUUUCUUAUAUCCAAAGUGAGACAUUCCUCUUUAAUAUUGUGACUAAAACUGUAGGAUUUUUUUUUUUUUACACCACAUAGACAAUCAAAGAAUGACUAAAACUGUGUUACAAAUUUGGGAAAUAUCAUAUUGUAAAGCUGAGCUGGAGCCCAAAGCACAAAUGCCACAUCAUUUCACUGUAUAUUAGUGUUGUACAUUGUCUUAACAUGCACCAAAACGUAGUUACCACGCAGUGUCUUACUAUUUUUACUUGAAAGAUUGAGCUUUGCCUUAGAAUGAGUUAAAAAGCCAAAUAAAAAAUACAUAUAUAUUCUUUUAUAUACUAUUUUCAAGCACUUAGCGCACCAUUUAAACUGAAUUUGUUUAAUUUCGGCAAUCUAAAAAUCAGUUUUUUAGUAAAUAAACGACAUUUGCUGAUGGUCAUUACAACUUACAUGAAGUUCGUCGUCGUCCCAAAGUCAGUCAACCACAGAGGCAGCUAUUACUGGCAGUUACAAGUCUGAACAUACACAAUCCACAUGUCUGCAACACUCACUGUUCCUGCAUCGUUCUUACAUUAUUCACAUGAUUGCACGCGUCAGUACCUUGAGGGGAAAAGUUCCACAGUAGACUUCACCUAUUGUCGAGCUUUCCCCUUUUCACGCUUUGUAUUUUUAUCAGUCACUUUUUUAUUAUUUUAAUACCAUUUACACGACAUAUAAAGGUGCCAGGAGUGUGAUCAGUACUGGCAUCUUGUCCAGUGCAGCCACGACUCUUGCAUCCUCUCGACACAUGGAUCUCUGAUCAGUGAUGUGGUGCCCGACCUGUGCUGAAAGGAGUGUUUGCUCCACUUGUUUUGGAAUGAAAUUGAAGGAGGGAAAAAGAAAUAUCUUUAGGGGUAACAAAAAAAAAAGAAUAUUUUUUAAAUGCUUUCCGGUGUUAAAUGCUGUUGUCCUCAGGAAUAUAUUUGCAAAGAUUUGGAAAAAGGAAUGAAUGAAUUUUAUAUAAAAUAUAAUCUGGCCCAUUUUUUUAUUUAAUUUUUUAUUUUAAUUUGGGGCGAUACAUUGUUUAAAUAACUUCAAAAACAGAGGAAUGCUUAUGUAAACUUUUUAUUGUAUUAAACAUGAAGAAUUUAUUGUGUAA